AUGGGGCUGGACGUCGGCGAGAUCGGGAUGGGCCUGGAUCUGGGGCUGGACCUCAGGCUGUUCGCCGCGCGGAGCGCCGGCGGGAUGGCGGCGGCCGCGGCCAAGGGGGCGCCGGCGGCAGGGAUCGAGUCCUGUAUCAGGAGCCUCGAGGAGGAGCGCAAGAAGAUCGAGGUUUUCAGGCGCGAGCUCCCGCUCUGCGCGCGCCUCCUCGCCGACGUGAUCGACGAGUUGAAGCAGGAGGCCGCCAAGAGAGGCGGAGACGCGGAGGCGAAGGCGGACGACGGCGACAAGCGGAAAUGGAUGAGCACCGCUCAGUUGUGGGUGGACAGCGACGCCAAAUCGGACGAGUCUGACAAAGAGCAACGGAGUGAAAUCACCUCGCCGGAGCCCAAGUUGCUCGGUGGCGCGCCCAUGCCGAUAAGGGCCGUUGCGGCGGGGCCACCCCUGCCGCCGCCGUUCUUCAGGAGAGAAGACAGCUCUGCCGGCACUGGUCUGUCGUUGGUAUCGCCGGCAUCUAAGGCGCCUAUUUCUCCCGUGGCUGCCAGCGACAACGCCAGCGGCAGAUUCUGUGCCACCAUGCCACCGCCUGGCUCUGGGGUCAACUUGCACUCUCAGGCUCAGCAGCAGGCCAGCAGGAAGGCGAGGCGGUGCUGGUCGCCGGAGCUUCACCAGCAGUUCGUCGCCGCUUUGCAUCAACUCGGCGGCCCUCAAGUUGCUACUCCGAAGCAGAUCAGGGAGGUGAUGCAGGUGGACGGGCUUACAAAUGAUGAAGUGAAAAGCCAUCUCCAGAAGUACCGGCUGCACAACAGAAGAUCCCCCGGUGCGGCUCCGGUGAGCCAGCCGAUCAUGCUUGUGGGUGGCCUCUGGGCUCCUCAGGAGCAAAGCAGCUCCGGGUCUCCCCAGGGUCCGCUUCAGUUCUCCGGAUCAGGCGUGGCCAUCUCUACGGCCACCGUCGGCGGCGGCGACAGCAGCAGCAGCAGACGAAGACAACAAGUCCGAAGGCUACAGCCGGAAAUGCGUGUAAGGCUGCGUUUAAUUUGCGGAAGAUCGUCGGAUGAGAGUGUAGAGAUAGCGUCGCGGCUUUGCUUGCACAUCGGUGGCAAUAAUAGAACAGAACAGAUUCAUCAGUCUGUGAGAGGUUGUAGUGCAGCCAGGCCAUGCAUACAGGGAGAUUGGGUGGUCCGUGUGCGUGCGCCCAAGAGAUGA